AAGAAUAACUGAAAACAUAAUCAAAUGUGGUAUAUCAAGAUAUAUAUCGUUAUCGUGAUAUAUGAUUUUUCCCAUAUCGCCCAGCACUAGUUUUCAAAGUAAAAACUCUCCAGACAAUCAACAUUUUUAUGUAGAGAAACAGCUAAAAUUGACUCAAUCAGCUGCAGACUGAAGCUGCUGGGGGUUCAGGGUAAACUGUGGAACUAGAAUCCGGAUCAGCAGGUUUAUUGUCCAACUCAAGCUGUGGACUGGAAUAUGUAUCGGUCCGGAGUGGGCGUCGUUUACCCUCGGCGUCUUCAUGUGUCAGAGCUGCUCGGGGUUCCACCGCAACAUCCCUCACAUCAGCCGGGUCAAAUCUGUCCUCCUGGACCCCUGGGAGGCGUCAGAGGUCGAGUUCAUGGCCUCCAACGGCAACAGCGCUGCCAAAGCCAAGUAUGAACAGAAGGUGCCGGCGUUCUAUUACUGCCCGACACAAACAGACUGCCAGCUGCUCCGAGAACAGUGGAUCCGAGCCAGAUACGAGCGGAACGAGUUUAUCUACGUGGAGAGACAGGAGCCGUACUCAGCAGGCUACAGGGAAGGCUUUCUGUGGAAACGAGGGCGAGACAACGGCCAGUUCCUCAGCCGAAAAUUCAUCCUGUCUGAGAGAGAGGGAGCGCUGAAGUACUUCAACAAGCAUGACGCGAGGGAGCCCAAAGCCUUGAUGAAGAUCCACACCAUUAAUGCCACCUUCCAGCCAGCGAAGAUUGGCAACCCUCACGGACUCCAGAUAACCUACCUGAAGGACAACAGCACCAGGAACAUCUUCGUUUAUCACGAGGACGGCAAAGAAAUGGUGGACUGGUUCAACGCUAUCCGAGCUGCUCGAUUUCAUUACUUACAGGUGGCUUUUCCAGGAGCACAUGAUGUCGAUCUGGUGUCUAAACUGACGAGGAACUACAUUAAGGAGGGCUACAUGGAGAAGACGGGCCCAAAGCACACGGAGGGGUUUAAGAAGCGCUGGUUUACUCUGGAUGAUCGGAGACUCAUGUACUUCAAAGAUCCUCUGGACGCGUACGCCCGGGGCGAGGUGUUCAUCGGCAGUAAGGAGAACGGGUACACGGUGGUACCCGGCCUGCCCCCCUCCACCCAGGGCUACCACUGGCAGUUCGGGAUCAUCAUCGUGACGCCGGACAGGAAGUUCCUGUUUGCGUGUGAGACGGAGGAGGAGCAGAAGGAGUGGAUCGCCAUGUUUCAGAGCGCCGUCAACAGACCCAUGUUACCUCAGGAAUACGCAGUCGAGGCUCACUUCAAGCAUAAGCCGUGAUCCCGGCUGGGGGAAGGACAGAGCUCUGUACCGGUGGAGAACACAGAGCAUCUACGGCAGCCCUCAGGGGACACACAACACCCGAGCCUGGCACAGCGGGCACAGCGAGAGACCCCGCAGGCCCAGAACACCCGCCCGUGCCGCCUGUGCGAGCGUGCCAGCUCUGUGCUUUAAAAUACUGUUCACAACACAUCAACACGUCCACCCAGCCGUCUCUCUCUCUCUGCGUCAUCCAGUGCAUCCUCACCUAAACCUCCCCCCCCCCCCCCCCCCCCACCCCAUCUCUAAACUCGCCCGGGCGGAGGGGGCGCGCGAGAGGAGGACUUUUAAUAAAGGGAGAUAGAUAGAUAGAGUUGGCGCAGGUCAGUGGAAUGUAUCGCUGCUGUUUGGCACUUUGACCCGAGAAUGUACGACUCCUUAAAGCAGCCCUAUAACCUGAGAGAAAGAGAGAGAGAGAGAGAGACAAAUAGAGAGAGAGAGACAAAGAGAGAGAGAGAGAGAGAGAGAGAGAGACGGGCGUAACUACCAGGUACCUGUGUCGAACGUAACUCCUGUUAUUUAUUCAUUUAUUUAUUCGUCUGAUUGUUUACUGUGACGAGCUGGGAGAGUCAGGUGUACGUGUGUGUGUAAGAGUGAUGGAAGUGAGGACAUGUUACGUUACUUUUACAUUUACGUUUAUAUUUAUGUUUAUGUUUAUCCGUGGCCAUGUAAUCAAUCAGCUAUAAAUACACUUCAGAAGAUCGCAGAGCUUUAAGUAUAUUCCAUGCAUAAAUAAAUACAUAAAAAAAAUAGUAAUAAUAAUAAAGAAAAAAGAAAAACUUUU